UCUUUGUUGAUUUCCCCCAAGGUUUGGCAAUGUCGGGUAUUUAUGGGCGGCACGGGAACCUGCCCGUGGUGUCAUCAGUGCAUUACACGUCUGGCCCUCCUGCUAAGCUCAACACUUCUACGGAUGACGGAGAUGUGAUCGAGAUGAAGAAACAAGAGGAAUGGAUCACUUCGAAGAAAGUUGAAGUGAAGAAAAACCGACAGAUCGAAACCCGUGUCAAGAGGCAAGUGGUACUGGAAGACGGACGCGUGGUGGAAGAUUCCGGUCCUCUCGUGUCCACCAACACCACGGAAGACGUGACUACGAGCGAGAAGGAAAACACAGAGACUGCUUACAUUAGUCCUUAUCUUGUCAAUUGUCCUCAGCACCGGAAACUCGGUGACGAUUCGCCACCCGGUGACGGUUGGGUCGCGAUUCCUGGCGCAGUGAUAGUGUCAGAGAAGAAAGAACGAACAACGAACACCAAGGAAGAACGUCAUGACGAGUUUGAGACCGAGCAGGUGGAUCAACUAGGUGACAUCAAUCACAGGGAUUUGGUCAGAGCCAUUAAAGAGAAGGGAGAUCUGCGCCUGGCGUUGGCGAAGAAGCAGCGAACCUGGUCGGAGCCAUCGGACGUAUCCGAUGGGUCCCGGCCUCGCGUCGUGCACCAGUCGUCCAAGCACAAGAAGGUCGUCGAUUCUGAGGAAGUCGACGAGCAUUCCGAGAUCAAGGACGGCAAGAUCACGACGGAGACCAAGAAAACGCUCUACAGGGAGGAAUUCAACAACGAACAAGAACCCGACGACGAGGAAUUCAGCGACCAAGAAGCAACGAAGGAAACCUCGCAUAAUUUCGUUCAUACUAAGGAUGAGAAUUUGGUCGAGUACGUCGCUGUGCCCGAGGGCGGAACUUUGGCCCAAGGCAAGAAAAUUGGCGAAGGAAUGCAUUACGUGUCGGAGAAUAUCGAAGAAGAAAGAGAAGGAGGCGAAGGACAAGAAGCUGACCAAGGAAUACUCGUCCCGGGCCAUUGGCGCAGUCCGAACAAACCCGCUGCUGCAAGGUCAAGUCUGCUCGCCAGAUCCAUGAAUCUGGACCAAGAGGAGGAAACCAGGAAACUGGAAACCUCCAAAUGGCUGGAGAACCAUUUCGGCUCUGAAGAUUCAGCCAGGUCCAGCGAAGAAGACAGAUCAAGGCGAAGCUCGCGAUUGGACGCGGGCACAGGCAGAAAGGGCUCCGGCAUGAUCACGGUCAAAAUGACAGGUUCUCCCGUGGCCAGCGCGACACCUAGCCCAACUCCCGGAGUUAAACCUGAAGUUCGCAGGUCGAGUAUAUCACAGAGUCACCAGAGGACGCCUCCUGCUCCUCCGCCACCUCCACCUAAACCCUCCAAAUCCAGCACAUUAUAUCAGGGCUUGAAGUCCGGCAGUGAUGCGAGCAGAGUCUACAAGACCGAGGAAAGCGGUGAUUUAUACGCACUUCCGGAUCGGCGUGCCAAAACCCCGAAGGCCACUUUCGUGCCCGACCCGGAAACUGGCUGGCGAAGAGCCUCGAACCCGAUCGCAACCAGCUUUCGCCACGAGUACGAUCAAAUCGCUCGCCAAAUGCGGGAAGAGGCAGAGAGGGACCCGGUGCCGAGCUACAAGCGACCCGAAGAACCCUAUAAACCCGUGGAGCGUUCCCAGAGCAUGGGUCCCAAAUCUGUGGAGCAUUUGUAUGCAGAAGGGAUCCGGAAACCCGCAGUAGCAGUAGUGAAGAAAACCACAGCUAGCAUUGGGACGAGUCCUCCGAGGCGAGGACCCGUGGCCGACGUUUCGUACGCCACUGCGCCGCCACCCAUGAAGCCAGAGAGGAAGAAGAAAAAGGCCAAAAUGCAGGCAAUUUCCAGGUGA